AUGCCCAUUUAUCUGAAUGAACCCUCUUCAUUUUUGCAAAGACUGGCAGAAGAUUUCCAAUACGUGUAUCUACUCCAACGCGCCUCUAGAGAGGUAGAAAGUACUAGUAGGCUUGCCUACGUCACAGCCUUCACCAUAUCUCCCUACGCUUCCGUCAUCGGUCGAACGUUUAAGCCAUUCAAUCCCUUGUUAGGAGAAACGUAUGAACUGACUCACAGAAAAUUCUUCUUCCUGUCAGAACAGGUGGUCCACCAUCCCCCUAUCACUGCAUACCACUGCCACAAUGAGUACAUGACAAAUUUUGCAAGCAUAAGCGUCAAUGUGAAGAUUUUGGGGAAGUCAGUCGAAGUCACCAUUCCAGGGUCUAGUCACCUCAUCCUUAGGUAUCAGAAGAAGGGGGGAAGUACUUCAACGGGGAGAGAAAGGCACACGGACAAAUGUGCACGUUUGGAUAAGAAGCAUAUUUUUGGUUCCGCGGAGGGUCGCAACUUGGACGAGUGUGAAGUGCGGUCGUGCGCCUCGACCAAGAGGAACAGUCAGGGCAGAGACCCCCCCGAGGAGUACGGCCAUGAGCAUUACACAUAUGAAAGAGCCAACAUGAUAAUCCACAACAUAAUUUUUGGUAAGUUGUGGGUCGAACUGCAUGGAAACAUACUCAUAAGAAAUCACAACAAUGGAGAUUUCUCCAUUGUGAGUUACAUUCGGAAGGGAUGGUUUGAGAAGGAAAUCCACAAGGUAAGAGCAGUCGUAUGUGAUCGACACAAGAAUGUAAUUUUUUAUAUAUACGGAAAGUGGUCACAAGAAAUUAACAUAGCUUAUGUAAAGCAUUUAAAAAAACAGGAAUACGGUUCAUAUUUUUUCAAUGCUGAUGGAUCCGAAAAUAGUAGCCACUUUAACAGGAAUACGUUAAAUGAGUUUAUUGGCAACGUGGACUGGCAGUUUUUUGAGAACCAUGUGGAUGUCCUAAAUGGGGUGUGUGUGUGGAGGGCCCCUAAACGGCCUAAACACAGUGAAUUAUAUUACGGGUUUAACAGUAUGACUGUGGAAUUGAACGAAAUAACUCCCGAAUAUGACCCAACCAAGGGGGCAUCUAUUGCCUGCACGGACUGCAGAUUCAGGCCCGAUCAGAGGAGUUACGAAAAUGGAAAUAUUGAAAUUGCCAUGAGUGAGAAACAGAGACUUGAAAACAAACAAAGAACGAACUCGAAGAAAUAUGUGGGGAAGGACUCCUACAAGCCAAAAUGGUUUUACAAGCACAAGGACCCCAUUUAUAAGGACAGGGAUAUGUACCUCUUCAAUAAUGAGUACUGGGUCGCGAAGGAGAAGGGGCUCUUCACGGACACGCCCGACAUAUUUUGA